AAUUAGAUUAUUGGCAACGACCAUUCCAACGACCAACCUUGACAUCUCAAAGUGCAUUUACAAACCCAAUGAACAGAACAAUCUGAUAAUUUCUUUUCUUCGCGUUGUCAUAAGACCAUUUGAAUCAUGGAGCUUAAUUCGAACACCGGCUAUAUUUUAGGAGCGCUCUUCCUUUCCGGAUUUGCUUGGUUUAAAUACAGAGGAAUGGAAUAUAUAAUUAUGCAUUACCGAUGGAUUUUUGUCUGCCUAUUUCUGCUACCAUUGUCUGUGAUGUAUGAUUUUUUCAUGUAUGUGCGAGCAUGGCUGAUGUUUAAAUUAAACUCUGCCCCAAAAAUGCAUGAUGCCAAAGUUAAGAAUGUUCAAGAACAGGUAAAUGCAUGGCGCCAAGAUGGAAUGAAGACAAGAAUGUGUACUGCUCGACCUGGAUGGGUAAACAUCAGCUUUAGGCGAGGCCUGUACAAGAACACCAUGCGAAACAUUGAAGUGAACCUGAUUGACAUUCUUGAGGUCGACACAAAGCGACAGGUGGUCAGGGUGGAACCACUUGCAACGAUGGGACAGGUCUCUGCCAUGCUACAUCCCCUUGGCUGGACUCUCCCUGUUCUGCCAGAGUUGGAUGAUCUUACAGUGGGUGGCUUGAUAAUGGGUGUGGGUAUCGAGACAUCUUCUCACAAAGUUGGACUGUUCCAGCACUGCUGUAUUAGCUAUGAGCUUGUACUGGCUGAUGGCAGUGUUGUCAAAUGUUCAAAGGAUGAAAACCCAGACCUAUUCUACGCAGUCCCCUGGUCAUAUGGGACUCUAGGUUUCCUUGUGUCAGCAGAGAUUCAGAUUGUUCCGUCUAAAAAGUUUGUAAGAAUGGAGUACUUCCCCGCGUUGAGCAGAAAACAGAUGAUCAAUCGUUUUGAGCAGGAGACCAACAAGAAAACCGGCAAUGAUUUUGUCGAGUGUCUGGUGUACUCAGAGAAUUCUGGCGUGAUCAUGACGGGUGUGAUGACAGAUGACGCCGAGCCUGACAAGAUAAAUUCCAUUGGAUACUUCUGGAAGCCGUGGUUUUUCAAGCAUGUGGAGCAGUUUUUGCGUAAAGGUUCAGGUGUGGAAUACAUUCCUCUCCGUCACUAUUACCAUAGACACUCCAGGAGCAUCUUCUGGGAACUGCAGGACAUCAUUCCAUUCGGUAACAACCCAAUCUUCCGUUACUUGCUUGGCUGGACUGUUCCUCCGAAGGUCUCCCUGCUGAAGCUUACUCAAGGGGAGACAACCAAGAAACUGUAUGAGAAACACCAGGUCAUACAGGACAUGCUUAUCCCCCUUGGCAAGCUGAAUGAGGCCCUGGAUGUCUUCCACAGUGAACUCCAUCUGUACCCCCUGUGGUUGUGUCCAUUCAUGCUGUACAAUCAACCUGGACUGAUCCAUCCGGAGGGAAAUAGGGAUGAGAUGUAUGUUGACAUUGGAGCGUACGGUGCCCCCACCGCCCCGGGAUUUGAGGCUAUACCAGCUACUAAAAAACUGGAGGCAUAUGUGAUGAAAGUGAAAGGGUUCCAAAUGCUGUAUGCUGACACGUACCUGUCAGAGUCCAACUUCCGUAAAAUGUUUGACCACAAGCUGUAUGACAAGAUGCGUAAAGACCUGGAGUGUAAGAAUGCCUUCCCGGAAAUCUAUGGCAAGGUCAACAGGAAAGUCAGGGACUAGGGGCUAACAAAGGUCAACUGGAAAGUCAGGGACUAGGGUCUAACCAAAAUGGUUCAAAAGAAGCAAAAGUAUUUGAUGUACAUGUUAUAGGAUUUGGAAUGCCUUGUGACCCCUUAUUAUUUUGGUGCCAUUUGAAGGGUUUUAUGACAAUUAUGUGCAGAGAAAGAAUAUGUAAAAUAACACUGAAAAAAUAUUUCAGAUAUUUUAUUAUUAUGAAAGAUUGCCAAAAAGAUUAUUUGACGCCCAAUUUCAAUUGAAUGAAAGAA